GAACAGUUUCUAUGUGUUAUUGUGGUUUUAGAGAGAGAAAGAGAAUUUUUCUAAUGAAUCUUAUCCUCCCUUUACUGAAUCCCCUGUUUUCUCUCUCUAAAACCUCAGCUUUCGAUGGCCUCCUCGACUCCUCCACCUCACUGCUCUCUCACCACCACAAAACCCUAUCUUCCCCAUCAGCCCCACCACCUCCAUAGCCACCACCGCCACAACCGGCCGAGCCAUCAGCAGUGGACCUCCCAAAAGGUUUCCUUACGCAAAGCUUCCUCCUUGCCGGCCCCGUCAAAUGCCGUUUUACCUCCGCCCGUCCCUGCCACUGUUCCUCGCCCGUUAUCCGGCACCCGCAACUUUGGCUCGCUAUCUUCUCUCCCUCCCGCAAGAUCGGAGCUUUCUUCCGAUUUUUCAGGUCGACGCUCGACUCGAUUCGUCUCCAAAUUACAUUUCGGCCGCCAGAAGACCGGUGUUGCCAGCCGACACAGUUCUUCUGCCGAGGAGUUUCUUCAUCUAGCCGUCAGAUGCAGCGGCGGCGAUGAUACGUAUUUAGACUCCUUAUUGAUGAGUUUUGAAUCGAGGUUUGCAGGUACGGACGAUUACAUAUUCUUGCUUCGUGAACUGGGAAAUCGGGGGGAAUACUCAAUGGCAAAGAGAUGCUUUCACUUUGCGGUCCGGAGAGAGAGGAGAAGGAACGAACAAGGUAAGCUUGCCAGCUCCAUGAUUAGUGUUCUAGGAAGACUAGGAAAAGUUGACUUAGCUAAGGAAGUGUUUGAUACUGCUGUUAGAGAGGGUUAUGGCUGUACGGUCUAUUCAUAUUCAGCUUUAAUCAGUGCAUAUGCAAAGAGUGGGUUUUGCGAGGAGUCUAUCAAGGUGUUUAAGACAAUGAAACAGUCUGGACUGAAGCCUAAUCUAGUCACUUACAAUGCCUUGAUCGAUGCCUGUGGAAAGGGGGGAGCAAAAUUUGAACUGGCAGCUGAUAUAUUUGAUGAAAUGCAAAAAGAAGGGGUUCAGCCUGACAGGAUCACAUUUAAUUCCUUACUUGCUGUUUGUAGUGGUGCAGGGAUGUGGGAGACUGCACAGAAGUUAUUUAGGGAAAUGGUUUAUAGAGGGAUUGACCAAGAUAUCUAUACUUAUAACACUCUUCUGGAUGUUGCUUGUAGUGGUGGGCACAUGGAUGCUGCCUUUGAAAUUAUGUCAGAAAUGCCUAGGAAGAAUAUAUUGCCUAAUGAGGUUACCUAUAGCACUAUGAUUCGAGGAUGUGCCAAGAUGGGGAGGUUAGAGAAGGCUCUAAGAUUGUUUGAUGAAAUGAAAUUUGCGGGUAUUAAUCUGGACAGGGUUUCUUAUAACACAUUAGUUGCAAUUUAUGCCGGUCUUGGUAGGUUUGAGGAUGCACUUAGUGUUGCUAACGAGAUGGAGAAUAUGGGGAUUAGCAAGGAUGUCGUAACCUAUAAUGCACUCCUUGAUGGUAUUGGGAAGCAAGGAAAGUAUACCAAACUUAAAGAAUUGUUUCAUCAGAUGAAAUUGGAGAAUCUUUCCCCAAAUCUGUUGACAUUCUCGACUUUAAUCAGUGUGUACUCCAAAGAUGGUUUUUAUACAGAAGCAAUGGAAGUCUAUAAAGAAUUCAAAGAAACAGGCCUGAAGGCAGAUGUUGUGUUUUACAGUAAGCUGAUUGAUGCAUUGUGCAAAAAAGGACUAGUAGAGUCUUCUGUUUCAUUACUUGAGGAGAUGACAAAGAAAGGGAUUCAACCCAAUGUUGUAACUUAUAAUUCUAUAAUCAAUGCCUUUGGCUUGUCAAGAACUGGAUACUCUGACAUAGACAAUAAUGAUGAUACAAGUAUUGAACCAAAUGAUGCAUGCAUAACUUCUACACAGUUUCUUCGAUCAGUAACUAACGAAGAUGCCAUUUUGAACAUAUUCCAAGAGCUGGUGGCUGGAGAUAGCAGCAGACACCUUUCAAAGAAAAGUAGCAAAGGGAAACAAGAGGAGGUUUGUUCUGUGUUGGAAGUUUUCCACAAGAUGCAUCAACUGAGAAUAAAACCAAAUGUGGUCACUUUUUCAGCAAUUCUGAAUGCGUGCAGCCGUUGCAGCUCAUUUGAAGAAGCUUCAUUGCUAUUGGAGGAACUUCGUUUGUUUGACAACCAAGUUUAUGGAGUGGCAUAUGGACUUCUGAGAGGAGGCUAUGGAGAUAAUAUAUGGACACAAGCUUUAUCUCUUUUUGAUGAGGUGAAGCAUAUGGAUUCCUCUACAGCUUCUGCCUUCUAUAAUGCGUUGACUGACAUGCUGUGGCAUUUUGGCCAGAGACAAGGAGCUCAACUUGUGGUGCUGGAAGGAAAACGACGUCAUGUGUGGGAGAACACAUGGUCUGAUUCUUGCUUAGAUCUACAUCUGAUGUCCUCCGGUGCUGCCAGAGCUAUGGUUCAUGCCUGGCUGCUCCAAAUACGUGCUGUUGUUUUCCAAGGACAACAACUGCCAAAGUUAUUAAGCAUCUUAACUGGAUGGGGGAAACAUAGCAAAGUGGUUGGUGAUGGAAGUGUAAAGAGAGCAAUAGAGAUGCUUCUUGGUGGGAUGGGAUCCCCAUUUAGAGUUGCACAAUGCAAUCUCGGGAGGUUCAUAGCUACUGGGGCUCUUGUUGAUGCAUGGUUGAGAAACUCAUGCACCCUCAGACUCCUCCUUCUCCACGAUCAAACGACUCCUCAAACUCAUGCUACAACAUCAUCAUGUCUACAACCUCUUCCCUUAUAGUAGGUAAGACAGUCUGUUUCUUCUUGCUUAUUCUUCUCAUGUAUUAUAUGUCAUGCACAAGUCUUAACAUAUAUAUAUUUGUAUCUGGUAAAUGUAAAAUAAGUUGUGUAAUUGCUCUUUC